AUGGAUCUGCUACUCUUACUGUGCAACUUCUUCAUGCUCAUUUUUCCUGUUAUUGCUUCCAUGAGCAACUCGGUGACACUACAUGACUCGUUUCCCCUAAUUCUAUGGUACGCCUAUCCGAUAGGUCUGAGCACUCAAACGUGCAGUGUUUAUUUGACUGUUCUCGUAUCGGUUCACAGAUAUCUUGGCGUUUGUCAACCAUUCCGAGCAAAACGUUGGAUAAGUGGAAAACCCGUAAUGUGCGCUAUCGUUGGUUCCAUUGUGUUCAGCGUUCUAAUCAAUAUUCACACAUGGCUAGAGCUUGACAUUUUUAAAUGCCUUUCUGCUGAUUUUGGAGUAGAUGUGAGGAGCAUUGAGUUGACAGCGUUGAAAUCUAAUGAAAUAUACAAUAUUGCGACCAAGUGUAUUUUAUAUACGCUUGUGAUGUUCGUGGUCCCAUUCGUGACGUUAAUAAUCGUAAAUUGGCGGAUUAUCGUUGCUCUCAAGCAAAGUACACGAAUGCGAAAUCGUCUCUCCUACCACAAAACCAGUAUGAUUAACAACUUCCGAUUGUUGAAGAAUGCGAAAUAUUCAGAGAUCUUUAGCAAGUUUGGGCGAUUUGGACUUCACCCAAUAUUAUCAAAAGGAGGAUCUGUGAGGGAUCGUAGUGUCACAUUGAUGUUGUUAGCUAUUGUUGCCAUAUUUCUUUGCUGUAAUUGCCUUGCUUUCUGCAAUAAUAUAUAUGAAAUUGUUCGAGAUGCUCGAGCACAUAUUGGAAGUAUGAACAACGCAACACAGAACAUUCCAGCAAAAAAUGCAAGCAACUCCUUGUUGGAUCGAAGCGAAGAUCUAUUCGACUUUUCUGUUGAACUUAGCAAUAUUUUAAUUUCACUAAACUCUUCGUCUUCGAUAUUUGUCUACAUGAUAUUCAGUUCAAAAUAUCGAGCACUUAUCAAACACUGGUUAGGAUUCGAAAAACGCAAGAAGCUACUCGGAGUUGCAAUAACUACAGCAGUGGUUGCUCAAAGAGCGUUGGAGCUCUCAUUCUUGCCUGAUGAAGCUGAAGCUCGACUCAAAAGACGUGAAACUGAAAUUGAAGAACGCAAAAAACGACAAUCUCCCAAAUUGACACGUGAGAAGAAGAUGGAACCGGAGUGA